AUGGAUGAAUGCAAAGGAGCGUCAACGCCAUUCGCUAGCGGCACCGUUCUGGAUAAAUGCUUAGAUCCAGACUGUUUGGGCUAUGAAACUAAAAACUAUCAAUCGCUUGUUGGUGGUUUGACAUACUUGGCUACCGUUUCGAGACCAGACAUCGCUUACACCGUAUCCAAACUAGCUCAAUUCCAUGGACAUCCACAUAGAGAGCAUAUGUUGGCAGCAAAAAGAGUGCUUAGAUACCUGAAAUCUAAGCCUCAGGGUACGUUAACUUUUCUACCUAACAGCCAUAGUCUUAUUUGCUUUACAGAUGCUGAUUGGGCUUCUGAUAGUACGGAUAGAAAAUCGUACAGUGGAUUCGCUUUGUUCCUAGGCGAAAACCUGAUUGCGUGGGAAUCCAAGAAACAAAAGGUGGUUUCACUUAGUACUAUGGAGGCGGAGUACAUCGCGAUGUGUUCCGGAGCAAAAGAAGUUACAUUUCAUAGAAGUCUGCUGCAGGAGAUGGGUUUUAAUGAAUACACUAAGAAGCCAACAACAAUCAUGUGCGACAACCAGAGUGCGCAAUUCUUAGUAUAUUAA